AUGGACAAUAAAGAAGCAUUGGUCAGAUAUCAUCACCUUCCUGAACAAAGUAUUCUUGACCAAUUUAAACGGCGGGACGGUCAAUCUUUAUCGGAUCGUGCUAUUCCUGAAAUUACGAAUGAUUUGCUUCCAUCUUUUCCUGUGGGAAGAUUUAAAGUUUCAUCCCUCCUGGAAAGGAAUCGUUCUUCUAACCUUUCUAAAAAGGAAUUGGCUUUACCACCAAAUAAGAAAUUCGUGGCCUCGGCAGGUGAAAAUGACCUAAUUACGUUGAAAGAACAUUCGACGUAUGUGACCGCCGUCGGAUAUUGCAAAAGUUUAACGGGGAGUGAAGACGGAACCCUGAAACUUUUGGACAUAAGAUACCUCGGUCCUCCAUUAGCUGUACCUGCUUAA